AUGCUUGGCCAUUUACUAAUUGAGAUGAAUAAAUACAGAAAAGCUGAAUCAUAUUUUCAAAUGAUGCUACAAGUUUUACCGAAAUCACAUAAAGAUUUUCCUUUAGUAUGCGAUUAUAAGGGUCAUUUGAAUAUGAGAAAAACCAACUGGAAUGAAGCCUAUACGAAUUUUAACGCAGCAUAUGAAAUAAGAAAGAAGGUUUUACCUUUGAAUCAUUCACUUAUUGGUGUAACAUUAAAUAAUAUCGGUGAUUAUUAUAAAGUCAUUGAAAAUUAUGAUGAAGCACUUAAAUAUUAUGAAAAAGCUUUAGAAUGCAAAAACGAUUCAACUAGCAUAGCAAAAAUUCAACUUAAUAUGAGUACAAUCUAUGUAAUAUACAAAGAUUAUGAUAAAGCGCUCAAUUUAUGCAUUGAAGCACGUGAUUAUCUUCAACAAUUACAUAUAUAUCCGUAUAACGAUAUUGUUCGUUGUCAUGAAAUUGUUGGCGAUAUUCAUUUGAUUCAAAAGAAGUAUAGUAUUGCCGAUCAUUAUUAUUUUACUGUAUUUGAAAUGAAUAAAAAUGCUCUUUUGAGUGAUAAUAUACUUCGAAUCCAUUGUAUAAACUCUUUAGUUGAUUUAUAUAAUAAGCAAGGUCUGAAACAAAUAGCUAUUGAUUUUUGUCAAGAUAAACUAUCGGCCUAUGAAAAGGAUUUAUCUGAGAAGCACAUCAAUAUUGCACAUUUUUUGAUGAAACUCCUUGAAUUAUGUGAAGAGAAUGAUGAUCAAAAGAUAAAUUUAUUGUUAAGAGCAUUGCGUAUUUUUGAGAAACAUGUUCAUUUUGAAUAUGCUUCAACAGCUAAUUGUUUAAUGGCGAUUGCUGAAUAUCAUCAAAAGCAAAAUGCGUAUGAAGAAGCCAUCAAAUACCGUUAG